AUGGCGACCGGUGAUUCACUUGUGACUGCUCUGCAGGAGACCAAGUGCAGAAGGGACGACGUACGACAGAUGAAUGACGGUACACUCGUCAUUCGUGGAGAGAAAGUUCCGUCGCGAAAUGUAGGCGGUGUUGGUUUUGUUGUGCGCCCAUCUGUCGUCCAUCUCGUCGAUUCUCACGAGAUCCUGUCACCUUGUCUGGCCAUUCUUCGCCUCCGCCCUCUGCGCCAAAAAUCCAUCAGUAUCAUCAACUGCUACUCACCAACAUCAGCAGCUGAAGAAUCCGAAUUGGACGCGUUUUAG